GUGGCAGAGAACUUUGUGCCCCCCCUGCUGGAGGCGGUGCUCAUUGACUACCAGAGGAACGUCCCAGCUGCCAGAGAACCUGAGGUCCUCAGCACCAUGGCAACCAUUGUCAAUAAGCUGGGCAUCCACAUCACCAGUGAAAUUUCCAAAAUCUUUGACGCCGUCUUCGAGUGCACUUUAAACAUGAUCAACAAGGACUUUGAAGAAUUCCCAGAACACAGAACCCACUUCUUCUACCUGCUUCAAGCUGCCACCUCCCAGUGCUUCCCAGCCUUCCUGUCCAUUGCUCCAGCCCAGUUCAAACUCAUCCUGGACUCCAUCAUCUGGGCCUUCAAGCAUACAAUGAGGAAUGUGGCUGACACAGGUCUGCAGAUCCUCUACACACUCCUUCAGAAUGUGUCUGCAGAGGAGGCAGCUGCGCAGAGCUUCUACCAGACGUAUUUCUGCGACAUCCUUCAGCACAUUUUCUCUGUGGUCACUGAUACAUCUCACACUGCAGGUCUGACCAUGCAUGCCACCAUCUUGGCCUACAUGUUCAACCUGGUCGAGGAGGGAAAGGUCAACGUGGCUCUGAGCACCACCAAUCCCACCAACAACCAGCUGCACGUCCAGGAGUACAUCGCUAACCUGCUCAAGAUGGCAUUCCCUCAUUUACAAGA